AUGCUUUAGUGUUCUUACUCUUGAGCCACACACAAACAGGUAGAGAAAUCAUGAACAUGAAAUUUGGAUUUUUAACAGUCAAUGGAUUGGAAGAUAUGUUUAUACCUGUGUUGAAAAACUGCAAGAGCACAGUUUUUUUGAAGAAAAUUCAUGCCCAAAUUGUCAAGUUUUCUCUUUCACAGAGUAGUUACUUGGUCACCAAAAUGGUUGAGAUUUGUGACAAAAAUGGAGAAAUAGAAUAUGCAAAAUUGCUAUUCAAACAAGUUGAAGAUCCAAAUAACUAUUUAUACAACUCAAUAAUCAGAGCUUAUACACAUAAACAAAGAUAUAUUUCAUGUAUCAAUGUGUAUAAGCAAAUGAUGAUAUGUACAAUUUCUCCCGAUGAAUAUACUUAUCCAUUUGUUAUUAGAUCAUGUAGUGCAAUUUUGCGUGUUGAUGUAGGUGAACAAUUUCAUGUUCAUGUAUGGAAAUUUGGGUUGUAUUAUAGUAAUGUGAUAGCGAAUUCGUUAUUGGAUAUGUAUGUUAAAUGUGAUCGAAUGAGAGAUGCACAUAUGGUGUUUGAUGAAAUGUCUGAUAGAGAUGUGAUUUCGUGGAAUAGUUUAAUUUGUGGACAUGUAAGGUUGCGUCAAGUGAGGAAGGCGAGAGCAUUGUUUGAUGUAAUGCCGGAUAAGAGUAUUGUUUCUUGGACUGCUAUGAUUUCGGGGUACACGAAAACGGGGUGUUAUGGAGAUGCUUUGGAUGUUUUUAGGAGGAUGCAAAUGGUUGGGGUGAAACCGGAUUGGAUUAGUUUGGUUUCAGUUUUACCUGCUUGUGCGCAACUUGGAGCGCUUGAGUUAGGGAAGUGGAUUCAUUUCUAUGCGGAGAAGUAUGGGUAUUUGAGGAAGACUUCUGUUUGUAAUGCAUUGAUGGAGAUGUACGCGAAAUGUGGAAGUGUAAACGAGGCUUGGCAGUUGUUUAAUCAGAUGUCUGAAAGAGAUGUGAUCUCCUGGAGUACGAUGAUUGGUGGCCUAGCGAAUCAUGGUAGAGCUCAAGAAGCGUUGAAGUUGUUUCAUGAAAUGCAGAGGUCUGCUGUUGAACCGAAUGAGAUCACUUUCGUUGGUCUUCUAUGUGCUUGUGCGCAUGCUGGUCUGUGUGAUGACGGUUUGAGGUACUUUGAUUCCAUGAAAAACGAUUACAACAUAGAGCCCGGGAUAGAGCAUUAUGGUUGUUUGGUUGAUAUUCUUGGGCGUACAGGACGUCUUGAACGAGCUCUUGCAAUCAUCAAGACCAUGCCGGUUAAGCCUGACUCUGCAAUAUGGGGUUCUCUGUUGAGUUCUUGCAGAACUCAUCGCAAUCUUGAAAUAGCAGUUAUUGCAAUGGAACAUCUGUUAGAGCUCGAACCGGAAGAUACAGGGAACUACAUUCUACUCGCCAACAUUUAUGCAGAUCUCGGAAAGUGGGAUGGAGUAUCAAGGAUGCGGAAGUUAAUUAGAAGUAAAAGCAUGAAGAAAACACCGGGCUGCAGUCUGAUUGAGAUAAACAGUUUGGUUCAAGAAUUUCUAUCAGGUGAUAAUUCGAAACCAUUCUCAAAAGAUAUCCAUGAGGUGCUAGAGCUAUUGGCCUUACAUCAAAGCAAAGAAAAUGAUCUAGUUGAUACAACGCUCGAGUACUUAAGUCCAUGAUUAUAUCGAGGAGAAGUUGUCAUUCUGAGUGCAUACGCUCUUUUCUUGUUCAAGUUUUUAGCACAUUCGUUAUGUGUGGAAGUUCCAGGAGGAGUAAUUCAGGUUUGUGGGAUAAGUAAAGAGGGGAAUCGUGAUGAACUAGAAAGCACAUAUGUGAGCCUGGAAGUCUAGGCCAGACACGCAACAGAGUUCGAUGGUGUUCUAUUUACAUAACAUAACAUGCCUGAAAUGCGAUUCUACGAAUACAAAUUUCACUGAUUUCCCUGGCAUUGGUGACAAAGGUACAUACUGCAUCUUUAUGAGUAAACAUAGGAUUGAACCACUAGCAAUCCACAUACAAUCUACUAGUAAACAACUCACGACGUGAUUUGCUUGUUGCCUUCAAAACAACGAGCAGGUCAUUGUCGACAUGUCUGCUUGCCCGUGUGAAUGCAUCAUCAAUCAUCUCACCAAUUGACCUGCCAAUGACAAUGUGUUGAUCUUCUGGUUCUUACUUGUCUAUGUUCUAUCACUGUGCAUGAUUUCCAAGCCUCUGAUCGAUGUUAUUCGUAUAAGAAAAAGACGAUGAGGGCAUUUUCGGAAGUGAAAUCAAAGCUCUUGCCAGAGAAAGAGAAAUCACCAUAAGAGGAAUCUAUAUAUGUUGCUGAAGCCCCAACCACAGAAGCUCACUCCUAACUGACUUAGAUGCACCCAGCAUAAGUUCUGUUUUAUUGUAAAACAAAUUAUUACUGUUGUUCCUGUUUAUGUGAUACUACUUCCGUUUUAGUCUGCUUUAAAAAGAAUG